AGUACUGUCUUUAAGACUUUUAGUUUUUACCAUUUUUCGGUUUUAAAUUAGCAACCUGACAGUUUCUUACCAUAAUAAAUAAUCAUCACCGAAUUCACCAUUAUAUUCAUUGUUUCACCGGAAGUAUUGUCUGUUACUGAUGUCAGUGUGUGCCAUAGUACACUUUUUGUUAUUUUGUGAUGGGAACUGCGGCGAAGGCAUCCCGUCGCAUGCUGAUGAAGCGAGGACCUCAGUGGACAUGUCGAAUUUGUGAGGGCAGGGCUCCUUUCACCGGAACGGACGCCGCGAAGUUGGCGCAUCGACAUAUCGAACUGCAUCAUCCCAAGGAGUUUGCCAAAGCAGUAGCGGCAAGAGCGGAGAAAAAAUCCCGAAAACGUCUUCGAAGUACUGGUCAGACUGUUUCCUGUGGCGCUUCUGGGAAGAAAACAGCCGUCGCUUGUGAAAAGAAAAAAGUAAUCGGUCCUGAGAAGAAAAAAGUCACUUCUGAGAAGAACAAAGCAAUCGCAAAAAACUCUCCGCUCCCAAAGAAACUCACAAGAAGCGCAGCGACUGCAACAUCAGGAAAGCCUGAAUUGUUGAAAGUUCUCAGAGUACUGAGGAGAAGAACCGCAACUGUAAUGAAGCCCGCGCAGAACCGAGUUGUUCUGAAAGCGGCAGUUGGAAAAAAGCGCAAGCCAACAGCGACAACGAAAUCUUCAGAUUCAAAGACAAAUAGUUCCGAAAAACCGCCAUCGGAUCCUAAAGCGUUGAACAGUAUUCCAACCGGAAAUGUCAGAAAUCUUCGGAAGCGUAGCUGUCAGUCAGCGCAGCUGAAUUCCAGUCCGCCCCCUUCUCCCGUUCCCGUGCGUCGAGAAAGUGCAUCACCGGAACUGGAGCUGCUCCACUCUGCGGCUAAACAGCCAGCCGCCACACCCAAGAUCCAGCGUCUGAGUGCACGCCGCGGCCCGGAGAAAACCAAAACUGAUGACUUUGAAGAGUACAUUGUGGAGGAUCCGAUACUACUUAAUCAGCCUUCCGGUUUCGAAUCGGGAAAGUCGGUGGAGAAAAUCCUGGGCGUAGUGGAUCUGGAGGACAAGCCCAUUCGCUACAUUGUGAAGUGGGAAGGCAGUAACGUUGUGGAACCGGUAGCGAGCGAUGUUCUCUGGCAGCAGAAUUCGGAAAUGCUGCUGGAUUUCCUGGAGUCGUGCUUGAUGAUCAGGGUUGGUUGACCGUUUAUGAAUAGCAAGCAACAGUCACAAAUUAUUUUUUACGCGGGUUCCGUACUCUUUUAUUGUACUGGAUCUUUUACGGUUGCUGGCUACUAUGCCAAAGGUUGAUGUAGGGACUGUAUGAUCUUCUAAUUUCAGAAUUCUCUUUCUUUUUAAUUGCACAUGACUUCUCAAAAGGUCUAACGCAAGACUCGCAUAUUUUUUUUACUGAUGUCGUCUUUGCGCAGCGUCAACUGAUAUUGCGUACUAGUACAAGUACUUGUAUUUUAUAAGAAAAGUGUACAAAAUUCUGGAUAAAAAAUCAAAUUUUCUGCGUGUGUGACUAUUUCUUUUAUUUCCACACUCAUGUGUUUUUCUGCCACACGUGCUUGUCACAAUUAAUGCAGAUGGCACAAAACUGUCAAUUAGUGUUGUUCCUACAGGAGUUUAAGUUCACUGGAACAUCGUAAAAAAUAAAUU